AUGCGGAAAAAGUAUAAAAGAUGGAACUGGAAACAUAGGUGUGGAUGGGAGCUGCCAGGAAGUACAGCCCAACCUAUUCGAAUCCUUCAGGUCUACCUUCUUCCUGUGUUGAGACGCAGGUCCAGACCAGUUUCAGUCUAUUCAGAUUUCUUCCAGUUACUGUGCGGCACUGUUGUGAAAGACGGUGUUGAGGGAAUAUGCAGGGUCUGGAUUCUGUGGCACCCCUUGAUACUCUUGUACAAAUAUAGUACUGUUGAGGCUGUACUGCGAAGUUCAACAAACAUAGAAAAAGCAUUUCAGUACGAUCUUCUUCGACCAUGGCUUAGAGAUGGUUUAGUAACAAGUUCAGGUAACAAGUGGAAAACGAGACGGAAGCUUUUGACGCCUUCUUUUCAUUUCCGUAUCUUGGACAGUUUCGUGCCUGUGUUUAACAAACAGUCAAGAAUUCUUCUUAAAAAACUAAAGCUGAUGGACGGCAAAGACAUUGAUAUAACUUCCAUGGUUACACUCUGCACAUUGGAUAUAAUUUGUGAAACAGCAAUGGGUGUGAAUAUAGGGGCUCAGACAGACAGUGAAUCACCUUAUGCAAAAGCACUUCACAAAUUAGGAGAAAGCUUCAUGACAAGACUGAUGAGACCUUGGCUGUGGUCUGACUUUAUCUACAACAGGACUUCUUUAAGCAAAGAUUUCCAUGAAAAUCUUCUCAUCAUGUCUCAGUUUACAAAAAAGGUGAUUAACAAAAGGAAGAAUGAGCUGUUGGAAACAAAGUUUCAAAGUUCUGGUGAUGUAUUGAAUUUCAAGAAAGCUAGAUACAUAAAAAGAAGCCAAGGUGCAUUCCUGGAUCUCCUUCUUUACUAUCACAAUGAAGCAAAAGCUUUCUCAGAAGAAGAUAUUCAGAAUGAGGUGGACAACUUCAUGUUUGCGGGUCAUGAUACUACCGCUGCUGGGAUAAGCUGGACAUUAUAUCUGAUUGGCCAGAAUGAGCACGUGCAAGAGAAACUUCAUGAAGAACUAUACAACAUAUUUGGUAACGACACAGAAAGACCAAUUACAAAAGAUGAUGUCAGAAAAAUGAGUUAUAUGGAAUGUGUAAUUUUGGAAAGCCAAAGGCUCUAUCCUUCUGCUCCUAUCAUUGCCCGAAAUAUUAAAGAAGACGUUUACGUCAAUGGAAAGACUAUUCCUGUUGGCUCCACUUGUGUUAUAUUCAUUUACAUGCUUCAUAGAGAUCCAGAAGUUUUUCAAAAUCCAGAAAAAUUUGAUCCAGAUCGAUUUUUACCAGAAAAUUCACUCGGACGUCAUCCUUUUUCGUUUAUUCCAUUUUCCGCUGGGCCAAGGAAUUGCAUAGGUCAGAAAUUUGCUAUGAUUGAAGAAAAAAUUGUAAUUGCAAACUUAUUACGCCACUUUCGAGUCAAAUCUCCCCAGCCACGUGACACGAUAAAUCUUGUAGCCCAAAUGGUGCUUCGUGCAGAUCAGCCAAUCAAAAUUAAGUUUACUUCAAAACUCCAUGCCAAGAUGGUCAAGGAAUAA